AUGGUCGAAUCAUAUGAGUCAGAUUCUGAGAGUUUAGAAGGUAAAAAAAAGACUGAACAAUCAACAAAUAAUAAUAGUCGUAGAGUGAAGUUAGUAACAAAAUUAUUUUUAGAUAUGAAUUCAGGGUUGAUGGAUGAUUUAAAUUAUGAUAGAGAUGUGGACAAGAAAUAUGAUGGUGAAACGAAUAACGAUAGAAGGAGUAGUAGGGGUAAUGAUGCUGAUAGUUCUAUAUAUGACGAUGAGAAUAACGAAAACCGCGAGUAUGGAAGCCUCAUACCUAUGGCAGAGCAACACACAGUACCCAAAAUAUCAAAGACCACUAGAUUAAGAGCAGAAAGAGUACGAAUAUACCUUGAUUAUUAUUAUAACGUAAUAGAAGGGACACUUCGAUCAGGUGAAGAUGAGAAUGGAAAUGAAAGGAAGAACAUACAUAAAAACGUUGAAGGUAUUUACAAUCCUCUUCAAAUAAUAAGAAACAGAAAACUAAAGAAGAAAUAUCGUGGAGAAACAGCAAGUUCGGGAUUUUUAUUCUACAAAGCUCCUAUUAUCGCAGUCAUUCAAUUUUCUAAAAUUCCAAACAGAAAGAACUACAAAUGGUUUGUUGAUGUCAAUGAGAAGUAUGCAGACAUAACAUUCAGAUCUCAGCAUUGGGAUGAAUUAGUAGACCCUACAGGACAUAAAUGGUUUGGAACGCAGAAGACUCACAGAUUUAGAUCGGAAGCUCAUAAAAUAAAGAAAAAUCGUGGUAGCACACAUAUUAAUGGUCACCUACACCAUAAUCAUAAAAAGAAUAACGGAAAAAGUUUGUUGUUAAGGGAUAGCGAUCAAUCCUCAGAUUCCAUUUUAAACAAAGUGCCAAAAUUAAUAGUGACAACAGAUCAUUCCGAUCCUAACCUUGGGUCAAGAACGUCUAGUAAUAGCAACGGUAUCAGUAGUUAUUCAUCUGACGGUGAUAAAGUCAACUACAAUGAGAGAUUAAUGCAGACAGUAUCUGAUUCCGAGAUUGAGGAUGGGAGUUCAAAAGAAAAAGAUGGUGGUCAUUUGAAUAAAUUUGAAAAGAUUCUCAAUAAGACAAAGAACUCCAAAAGGUGGUCUAGAUCCAAAUCUCCAAGCAAGAUACGAAGUGAGGAGAAUAACAAUGGUAGUCAUGAAUCCAAGAAAGAUAUUACGAAAAUAGUCCCACAGGAGUUCGAAUUAGGACAAGAUGAUCCCAAUAGUAAUGAAGCAGCCCAUCGAGGCAGCGUAAGUGGGCCUAGUGGUAAAGAUAACUACAAUACCUACCAGACACCAGUUGAAGGUACAGCUGUUAAGAAACUAUCUCUAUUAGAUGAUAUCCCUAUCCGUACAGUGAAGGGUCACUCAGCCAAGAAGCUAAAUGUAGAAUCUCCAGAAUUGACCGCAGUUUCCAGUGGUAGUUAUAAGUACGAUAACGAGAUCAAAAGUAUCGAGAACAAGAGAGGAAUUAAAGAUGAUGAUAUACAAAAAAGAUUAACAGUUGAAAAUACGGAAACUGUUAUUAAGAAUAAGAAUCUUAAUGUAUUAUCUAACAAUUGGGAUAAUUCAAAGAGUGGUUCUAGUAAAGAAGCGACACCUUUCUCCAAGAGAAGCAGUACAAAUGCUUUUGAUGAAUUACCUGUAGAUAUUCAAUUACAGAAAUAUUGGCAAGAUACAAGAUAUGUUAUUAGUACUAUUGCUAUCAUGGAACAUCGGAGACAAUCACAUGAUUUAGUUAGGCAAAGGGCUAUUCAUCGUAGAAACUUGAUAAAAGUAGAUGAAAAUACUGAAAAGAAUAUGGCAGAUACAGAAAAAAUUAUCAAAGAAUAUGAUGAAGGAUUAGAUAGGGUGUUAAAAAUUGGUAACAAUUGGACCUCGAAAUUAUUGAAUGAUUACUCUAUCAGGGUCGAAACCUUGAUCUCCGCAAGUGAUAGAAUUCUGAGUGAUAUUAAUACCACCUUGACAUUAAAGUUAAAAUUGUUUCAAGAAAAUACAGAUAGGUUUGGUACUAUACGUACUAUGCAAUCACAAAAAAUGACUAAAUCUAUUUAUAAGAUAUUAGAAUUUUUUAUCGUGUUAGUGCUGUGGAGUAUCUGGCUUGUUGUAAGCAUAGUGAGAGAAAUCAAGUUUUCAAUUAUGCUAGUAUUGAGAUUUAUAAAAUGGGUAUUAUGGUGA